AUGGAGAGACAACAGCAAAAUUAUCUACUUGGUUGGUCUCACCAAAACGGCCAUUGUGGUAUAAAGACAAUGGAAGAGCUUAGACAUUCUCUUCUACAAACAACUAUGGAGUUAGAGCAAACAAGAAUGGUGGCUAAUGAAGAACUCAAUACAAAAGACGACCAGAUAAUGCAGCUUAAAGAUCUUCUCAACAAAGCUAUCAAAGAGAGAGAUGAAGCACAAGAGAGAUACAAGAGGCUUCUUCUUGAUCAAAACUUCAUCCUCCAACGCCAAACCGAAGAAGAUCAAGAACCGAACAUCAAUGGUUUCCACUCAUCCGACGGCGAAGAAAGCAUAGUCUCAUCUUUUGAACCGCAGAUGGAAAUCGAGUUAGAUUUCCCGGACAUGGCAUUGCCGGAGAAAGGGAAGCUUCUAAAGGCUGUGGUGAAGGCAGGUCCUCUGCUUCAAACUCUGCUUUUAGCUGGACAGCUUCCACAAUGGCGUCAUCCACCACCACAGCUUGAGUCCUUUGAUAUCCCACCAGUGAUUAUUGCUGAAGCAUCACCAUUGUCACAAGAUAGUUGCGGGAAUAACUUAAACAGGAAGAGGGUUCAUUGUGACGAGUCAGAUUCCAAAAGAGAGACCAAGUACCAAAGACUCUUGCCUUGAUCGUUUAUGUACUCAUCACAUUUCAUUCAAGAGUCAAGUAUGUAUAGAAAGAGUUCGCUUCUCUUUGUAUCUCUUAUCUUGGAGUAUUGGGUCCA